UUCUCUCUCUCUCUCUCUCUCUUGGCCAUGUCGGUCUUCGAUACAGCGUUCCUGAACAGUGAGCUCUCGAAGCCGACUUCAAUCUUCGGUCUUCGCUUAUGGGUCGUGAUCGGAAUCUGCGUCGGGGCCUUCAUCGUUCUCAUACUCUUCCUCCUCUCCCUCUGCAUUACUUCUCGUCGCCGUAAAUCUCCCAAAUACCACCGCUCACGUCCGGCGAAGAAGCUUGGCCCCAGUGAGCUGACUCCCGUGGUCUCUAAAGAGAUCCAAGAGAUCGUCCAUCAUGUUGCUCCAGAUCAGCGCCCUGCGUUCCCUCCUGCCAUUCCUGAGAUCCAGAUCGACAUUGGGAAGCCUGAGCAUCGGGUAGUGUUCUCCGACAGGCCCUCUUCCCACGCAAGUGGUGAGAGCCGAUCGACCAAUGCGACGGAUUCCACAUCCAUGGCCGUCGGCCCUCCUGAGGUUUCGCAUCUGGGGUGGGGCCACUGGUAUACUCUCCGGGAGCUUGAAGCGGCGACCAAUGGAUUUUCGGACGAUAAUGUGAUUGGGGAAGGUGGUUAUGGGAUCGUUUAUCUCGGCAUUUUCCCUGACAAAACACAGGUUGCUGUCAAGAAUUUGUUGAAUAACAGGGGUCAAGCUGAGAAGGAGUUUAAAGUAGAAGUGGAGGCAAUUGGCCGUGUUAGACAUAAAAAUCUGGUCAGGUUGCUUGGAUACUGUGUGGAGGGAGCUCAUAGGAUGCUUGUUUACGAGUACGUAGACAAUGGUAAUCUGGAUCAAUGGCUUCAUGGGGAUGUAGGGCCGGUCAGCCCUCUAACAUGGGAUAUCCGAAUGAAUAUUAUCCUUGGAACAGCGAAAGGUUUGGCCUAUCUUCAUGAGGGUCUUGAGCCAAAAGUUGUUCAUCGUGAUGUAAAAUCUAGUAAUAUUUUAAUCGACAGACAGUGGAAUUCCAAAGUUUCUGAUUUUGGGCUUGCUAAACUGUUAUGUUCCGAGAGGAGUUAUGUUACAACUCGUGUCAUGGGAACAUUUGGAUACGUAGCACCUGAAUACGCUUGCACUGGUAUGUUGAAUGAGAGGAGUGAUGUAUAUAGCUUUGGAAUACUGAUCAUGGAGAUAAUUUCUGGGAGGAAUCCUGUUGAAUAUAGUCGACCCCCUGGAGAGGUGAAUUUGGUGGACUGGUUAAAGACAAUGGUUGGAAAUUGGAGAUCAGAGGAAGUAGUGGAUCCUAAAUUGCCUCAAAUGCCUUCUUCAAAGGCACUCAAACGGGUUCUUUUGGUUGCUCUGCGAUGUGUUGACCCUGAUGCACAAAAAAGGCCUAAAAUGGGGCAUGUGAUCCACAUGCUUGAGGCAGAUGAUUUGUUAUUCCAUAAUGAACGCCGAAUUGGGAGAGACGGUAUGCAAACUAAUCAGGAAUAUAAACCAGCAAAUCAGGUUCCCCAAUUGGGUGAUAAACAGCCAGCAAACCAGGCUGUUGCUAUAUUGGGUGAUAAACAACCAGCAAACCAGGUUGUUGCUAGAGUGGGUGAUAAACAACCAGCAAACACGGUUGUUGCUAGAGUGGGAAACUCCGAUACAAGUGAAGUGUUUUCAGAGGACUUAUCUUGGUCUAGAUACAUGAUAUCCGAUUUCAUGAAAGGUUCAGACUUCCUCACUGUCUCUGUUAAAAACCCAUUCUGA